AUGUUGGUCAACCGUCAGAAAGUCCAACUGCUGACUUCUUAUGAGAUACCUUGACUGUGGUGAGUGUGCGUCUUUAUCAACAUCUAUCAGCUUCACAGUGCAGAAGUUUUUGCUGUACAUUCACACUAAUGCAACCUCAGUCCACUACUUCUGGCUGCUCCAUUAGGAAAGCUGUGGGGUUUAGUGUCUCACCAGAUAUUGGUGAAGAAUCAGAGAGGACACUAACGCCCCUCUCUAACUGGCAUAUUUGUUGGGGAAUUACAUUAUAGUGAAAACAAACAAAAAAAGAAUUGUGCAGUAGGAGGCUGGGGAGGGUACCAUGAGUGUCAGAUAAUUAAAGCAUGAAUUUAAUUCCCUAAGAAAAUAUAAAAACACAACAUUAUUGACAAGUGCUGUGUCAUUUAACAUCCAGUUAAUUUUCAGUUUGCGCUUAUGGGGACAUUACAGUCCAUUUUCUGAUGAAAUGUUGCAUUUUUUGUGCCAAUGAUGAAGCUGAAAGAGUGCACAGGUAAAAUGAUGAUGUGGGGAGCACGUUGACAGAGAGGGGGAGGAACAGAGAGAGAGACAGAUUGCACCUCCUUCGUCGUGCUUUGGUCUACGGAUAGAAGGAGGCGGAGCGUCGUAACACCGCCUGAAGGACGCAGAGCUGCGGUUCGGAACCGGGCUGAGAAACCAAAAUCCAGUCGCUAGCGGACCUGGGUGUAGAUGUAACAUCCCGGAUGUGGGAAAACGGCGUCCUGUAGUUCUACGUCGGGUAUUAGAAGCCGUCAUACAUAUACAUGCGUAGCCUACGUAUUUAAAUAUGAUGUAGCCGAUACGCACUGGCUGGACAGGCGGUGAAGAGAGGUCGCUGACGGACUGCGCGUAAUGCUGAGUGGACAGCAGUAUUUCUCGCUGUAUAUUCCAGCCUAGACGGGCUAUUGACAGGAGAUUCGCACUUCGUCUGCAGUGCAGCUCGUCAUUACAACCAGAUGCUCUCCGCCGGACCGGACCCGUUCCGUUUCAUGCCGUCCAACCCGACCGGAGCCUGAGCCGAAGGAUGCAGGUUAAAAACCAGAUCUGCACCGAGCGGAGCAGCACCGACGACCCGGAGCAGGAUGACAACCAGAAGAAGACCUCGUGUUUUUCCAACAUUAAGAUUUUCCUGGUGUCGGAGUGUGCGCUCAUGUUGGCACAGGGCACCGUGGGCGCCUAUCUGGUAAGUGUUCUGACCACUCUGGAGAGACGCUUCAACCUCCAGAGUGCAGAUGUGGGCGUCAUUGCCAGCAGCUUCGAAAUCGGCAACCUGGCCCUCAUCCUUUUUGUCAGCUACUUUGGCGCAAAGGCCCACAGACCCCGCCUGAUUGGCUGUGGCGGGAUAGUCAUGGCGUUGGGGGCAUUGCUGUCAGCCCUGCCAGAGUUUCUGACUCAUCAGUAUGAGUACGAGGCCGGGGACUCGUGGCACGCCGAGGACGGCAGGGAUGUGUGCUCCAACAUCUCCAGGUCAGACAACCGAGACUCUGGGUUUAAAUGUGGCAACAGAGCCAACACCAACAUGAUGUACCUUCUGCUGAUCGGAGCCCAGGUUCUGCUGGGCAUCGGAGCCACACCUGUCCAGCCUCUGGGAGUGUCCUACAUCGAUGACCACGUCCACAGGAAGGACUCCUCGCUGUAUAUAGGUAUUUUAUUUUCAACAUUAGUGUUCGGCCCGGCCUGUGGCUUCAUCUUAGGUUCUGUCUGUACCAAAGUCUACGUUGAUGCUGUCUUCAUCGACACCAGUAAGCUGGACAUCACCCCAGAUGACCCUCGCUGGAUCGGGGCGUGGUGGGGUGGCUUCCUCCUCUGCGGUGCCUUACUCUUCCUGUCGGCCCUCUUCAUGUUCGGCUUCCCCCAGGCGCUGGAUGAGCAGGACAUGGACGGUGGUGGGGAGAGUGAGCAGGCCAUGCUGCCUUCCUCCCUGUCCAUGGAGUACCAGGGCUCUAAACCCAACGGGGCCAUUCAUGGCUUUGAUAUAAACAGCGGACUCUCAGUUUGUGAGCAUCUCAGAGUAAUCCCCCGGGUGACCAGACACCUUCUCUCCAAUCCGGUGUUCAGCUGCAUCACUCUGGCAGCCUGCAUGGAGAUCGCUGUAGUUGCUGGAUUUGCAGCCUUCUUAGGAAAAUACCUGGAACAGCAGUUUAACCUUACCACCUCCUCAGCCAACCAGCUGCUAGGUAUGACAGCCAUCCCCUGUGCCUGUCUGGGUAUCUUCCUUGGGGGGCUGCUGGUGAAGAAGCUGAACCUGUCAGCUCUGGGCGCUGUCCGCAUGGCCAUGCUGGUCAACCUGGUGUCCACUGCCUGCUACGUCUCUUUUCUCUUCUUGGGCUGUGACACAGGACCUGUCGCCGGGGUUACGGUAGCGUACAGCAACGAGACAUUGCAUUCCUGGCAGCGACCUGAGUCAGCAUGCAUCAAUAACUGUAACUGUUACACAGCAUCAGUGAGCCCUGUCUGUGGUUCCAACGGAGUCACCUACCUCUCAGCCUGCUUCGCUGGCUGCACCAAACCAAACCUGACCAGCUGUACAUGUAUAUCCAGCACCAGUGAAGAGGCAGUGGCUUUACCAGGGAAGUGUCCCAGUCCAGGCUGUCAGCAGGCCUUCCUCACCUUUCUGUGUGUUAUCUGUGUGUGCAGCAUGAUUGGAGCGAUGGCUCAGACACCCUCUGUCAUCAUACUCAUCAGAACUGUGAGUCCAGAGCUGAAAUCUUAUGCCCUUGGAGUUCUGUUCCUGCUACUGAGACUGAUAGGCUUCAUCCCUCCCCCUCUGAUCUUCGGCAUGGGCAUCGACUCCACCUGUCUGUUCUGGAGCUCCGUCUGUGGCGAGAAGGGAGCCUGCAUGCUGUACGACAACGUGGCCUACAGGCAUCUGUACGUCAGCAUCGCCAUCGUCCUCAAGUCGUCGGCCUUCGUGCUGUACACCACCACGUGGCAGUGUUUGAGAAAGAACUACAGGAAAUACAUCAAGAACAGCGAGGGUUACCUCACACCCACCGAACUCUUCGCCUCCAAUGUGACUCUGGACAAUUUGGGCAAGGAGAUCACCCAGAACCCAGCCAACAGGACAAAGUUCAUAUACAACCUGGAGGACCAAGAGAUGUGUGACAACAUGGAGUCAGUUUUAUAGUGGUGGUCCGCAACGGGACUGCAGACCGGAGUUGAGGCUGUUAAUGUGCAACUGAUCUGAUGUGCGAUGUUUCUUCAGUGUCGUAUCAGUGUAGAAGAAUGUUCUCAGUAAGGGUCUUAUCUUCUUCUCACCCAAAACAUCAGACAUCAUGAAAAAAUUGAAGAGAUGUUUCCCAAAAUGCUCUAUAUCCACAUUUCAUUUUUUACUUAAGUAUAAAUAGACGAUCCGGUCCAGAAAAAAAAUAACACACUAACUUCUUUUUUAAAAUAUUUUCUUUAUUUUACAGUAGAAUAGAGAAAAAAUUAACAGCAAACAUGGAAUGACUUAAUGCAUCAUCCACCAGGUCAGCCCUGAAAUUAUCUUCUACAUGAUUGCAGUCAUAUUAGAUUUAGAUUUAUCAGGAGACCAGAACUCUAUGAGAAGCAGAAAUAUGAUUUUUUUUUCCCCCCGGUAAUACAUCAGCUUUGUUAGACAGUUUAUUUUAUUUUAGAGGAAAGUACUUCUCAGGUCCAGAUGCCAGAUAGAGAAAUGACAGUUAAUGUGGUUGUUCAUUAUUAGCUGAUGUGUAUUUUAGCUCAUGGUUGGAGUACUUUUCCAGACAAAACUACCAGGCAACCCUAGUCCAGACUUAUUGGCAGACUUGUGUGUUCCCUCCCUCAAUGUUUAACAUAACAAAUAGGGAAAAACAGAUCAUUUGACUUAUCUUGGAUCGCUAUCGUUCUGACAAUAAUUCAGCCUCUAGUGGCAUAUUUCUGACGUCACCAGCAGAUACCCGUAUAAUGGCUCAUGGACGGGGGCAAGACUUCCCGAUCAGUUGAAAGCGGAUGUGUUCUGAGAUUUUGGCCAAUGUGUUCCACCUCUUUGCUCUCCACACAGACGGUUUAAUUGCAUGUCACCAAAACCCACUCAAACAUGAUUGGCCAAUACUACUCGGACUACAAACGGGCCACAAAUAGAAACCAGAACACUUCUGAUACUAAAAUCUUGUCUCGCAACAACAAGAAAUAGGAGUACAGAAUAGAAGAAUAUCAACAAUAACAGUAAUUGAGAAUAAUAAUGAAUAGAUAAAGUAAUGGGCAGCAUAUUACAUUGGCGCAAGAAAGGUCUUGAUUUCCUGGUUACAUCAUUCAAGCCAUAAAAUAUAAAAGUAGAAUAUGGACAACUCAACCCUAAAACCACAGCAGUUCUAACGCAUUACACACUAUUUUUAUGUAUUUAUUAAGGGAGUUACACUCAUUUUCAAAAUUACAUACAUUGUAUUUCUCUGGUCUGUGACAGUCCAAAAAUAUUAGUUAACAUAAACAACUCUCUCCCAUUUAUUGUGGAGGAGCUCCAGACUUUAUAACAUCACAAGUUUCAGGAGCUUAUGUUCACAAAUAUUAGUUAUUACUUGUAGGCAAUAGAAAUUACAUAUUGGAUUUAGUUGUUUACUGUGGUAAAUUAAGAAAUGAUAGUUUGAAAAUAAAUCAUAUUAGUGCGCUUAUUGUUCAAUACCUUAUUAAAAAAUGUCCAGAAGUGAACACUGCAACAAUAUUUUUCAACAAAAAACUGCUUUAAUUUUUUUAUUUUGUGCCACCAGUCCUUUUGCAGGAGUAGGGGUCACUGUGCAUCAAAGGGUGGAUAUCUCAUUUUGGAACCAAACUCUUCAGUUCGAGUUGAUGUUGCAGAUUCAUAUUCUUUAAAGAAUUAUGAAGAGUCUUUCUGAAUAGCUUUCAAUGUAACUGGCCCAUUCUUGUUCUAGAGGGCAUUUUAGGACAUUUGUUGAAGGUAGAUGAGCGUUGAGCCAGUAUGUAAUAAUUAUCCCUUUACUGUGUCAUAGUGUGGAGUUUUGCUGUGAAUGCUGGACGAAUUUCUGAGACAAUUUCAGUUUCAGAGUCACAGAAAUGUUUUUUGUUUUUUCUUAAUUUACACCAUAUUCAGUCUUUUCUCUUUGGCAUUUAUAUAAAUUAGGUGCAACCUCCAAAAGUAAAAUGUCCUUCUAGGUGUUCUAAUAGAUAAAAUAUGGUGGCCCUCCUGUGAAUAGUUGGACAAGACGUACAUGAGCUGAUUCAGUAGCUGAUCCUGUGACAUGUCAGUUACAUGACUAUCUCUCUAGUCACUGAUUCAACCAUACCACCAUUAUAAUUCUGCCAGGAACACUUAAUGGCAACUCGAGACAGAAAUACAGUUUGACUUGGUGGUGUAAUUCUACUCCUGGGGACGCCCCCUGCAGCAGUAAUGCAUGGAAUACACAGCAACAUGAUAAAUAACAAGCAGGGAACAUUGCAAAUAAGACUCUCCAGGGUACGUAUGUAUGUAGGGCCAAAGCAGGUGGAGGCUGUGGGGGAGGAGGCCUUCACCAACAGAAUCAGUAACAGCAGCAAAAAUCACAUGAGCCUACAGACGGAGAGUGUGAAGGCAUUUAAGUAGAACGCCAAGUCAAGGCACUGAGACAUGAUGAUUGUGGUGGGCUAGCUGUCACAGCAUAGCAUGACGCACAGUGUCCAGCCAGAAUUAGUUCAUUUAAAGCAUGCUGGUAAUGCAUGCAAUGAUAAAAAAUAAAUAUUCAGUAUGUCACUAAGCUGCACAGACUCUGUGGUUUGGUGGCCAUGGUAAUGGUUAAAUACACAUUUAACCCCCAAUGGCCUCCAAAUUCUGUUAAGGCCAUGGAAAAGCUUUAUAAUGCAUACUGCAUUGUGAUGUUGAUGAUUUUUAGCAAACCUCAGCUGACUCAUAAUCACUCACACUGCAGUGAUUGUCUAAAUACAGAUCUUUCUUUCUUUUUUUUCAAAUGAUAAUUUUGUUCUAAGGAAUUCUAUGGGAUUCCGAUUUCUGACAUAUCCAGUUUAUAUAGAGAAUAUAUUGUUUUUUUCCUGGCUUACUUUGUAAGUAUUUACUAUGUUUUGCAUCAAAAAUAUGGACCUUUGUCCAGCCGUCCACCAUUGCAAUAGAUUUCAUCCCUUUGAUGUUUGGAGGUGGGGGUUGAAGGAGUAGUUUAACAUUUUGGGAAAUUAGCUUCUUGCCAAGACUCAGACAAGGUGAUGGAUACCACUCUUAAAUAGUAAUAGUGAAGCAAGAGCCAUUGAACAGUUUGCUUAGCUUAAAGACCAAGAAAUAGGAGCAAACUGCUAGCCUGGCAAACAAACAAAAAAAAAAGUCUAAAGUUAAUUUAUUAAAACAUUAUGUCUUUUGUUUAAUUCCACCCAUUUCCCAUUUUAAUGUUGUCAGCCCACUUUAUGUUAUCACUUGUUAUCAACCUCAUAGAUUUGGGGUUCCAGGCACCUGUUCCACCUGCAGUAAGCUGUUAUCAGCCUAUUGAAGUUAAAGUUGCGUUAGGUUUGACUUUUAGUUUUUGUUAAGUUUAGGCACCAAAACCAUGUGGUCAUGUUUAGCAACAAAAAAAACUACCUGGUAAGGUUUGGGGAAAAGGAUCAUGGUUUGGAUUAAGUUAGGCCUAUCAAUACCCGCUAAGGAAAAGUCAUGUGCAUAAUUCCCCUUAAAAAUGAAACUUGUCAGUUAUACACCUGUUUUUUGUUGGAUUUUGUUUCUAAACAGGUGGCUUUUAUUACCAGAGCCAUGCUAACUGUUCCCCCCAUUUUUUCAUUUUUGUGCUAAGCUAAGCUAACAAGUUGUUGGCUGUCGCUUUCCAUUUACCGUACAGACAUGAGAGUGGUAUCAAUAUUCUCCUCUAACUCUCGGCAAGAAAGCAAAUAAGCAUUUAUCCUAAAUGUCCAACUGUUCUUUUAAGUUAAAGUUUCAUUAUUCAGUCUCAUUUUAUGCUGCCGCUCAUGUUUUAUGAGUACAUUGUUUUGCAAAUGGUGGAAUUUAUCUUUGAUCCACACUACUCAUGUGAUGUAUUUGUUUAGCAUUUCAAUGAACUAAUAGUAUAAGAUUUAAACUAUACAUUAAUGAUGCUUUAGCAUCAUAAAUAAUAAUAAAAAAAAGUAUUAUAUCAAAUGGGGAAAACAGACAGUUGUUUGGAAAUGUUGGAAAUCAAUAACGGACCUAGGUUCAACACAGAGCCAUGCCAGACCAGACUGAUGUCUGCUUGGAUUAAUGUGAUGAGCAUAAAUACAGAUUUUAGCACAGCAGUGAGACUUAAAAUGGAAUAAUUUUGGGGCACUGGUUAGGUAGUGUUUGAAACCGUGUCCAAGCUCAAACUUUGACUGUUCCUGAUGGGAAGAUUGGCUCCUAUAGCAGGACAUUCAGGACAGCUGGACAUUAUGCUGAGAUGUACAAACAAUUAAAAAGGAGGGGAGGAGGGUGUUAGACUAACACCACCAGCUGGCCACCGUCUCCUCCUCAGUGACCCCCAACAGGUGGCGCUGUCUUUGAUAUCUGUAACGUCCAGUGUGUCAUAGUGCUGACUCCUCUGUACAUAAUAGUGCCAUACAAGUGCCAAAGUGACACCAUAGAAGUGUUCUGUAAUGUCCUGCAGAGAACUUUGUCUCACCACGCUGGAGCUCAGAGCAGAUCCUCCAGCUGUAUGUAGCCUUUCUGUGAUAUCCCUCCACUUACUUUCACCAUAUCAUACAAAAGUGUCCCAAAAAACAUAUUGCCUAUAAAAUAUUGUAUAUGGGUCUAGAAAACAGUAUUAUUUAGGAUGUAAUAACUGUUAAUAUGUAGGACUUUUCUACUAGUGAAGGUAUUGUCUACUUUAGAUUAAUCUCUCUUUCCAUCAGUGGCAAAGCUGAUAACUGUUUGUUGCUUUGGUCCAAAUAAAAACAAUACUUUUGCUUGAAAUAAGUGGCACCAAUGUUCAGCUAUAGCCGGACAUUGUACAGUAGAUAACUGUAGAAAAUCAGCCAAACUUCACUGAUAGCAGUCCUGCACCUGUGCCUGGAUAUUAAGCUCUACUCUGAGACUUUCUGAUGUUGUGCCAUAUCAACCUGUGCACUGUAACAUUCAACACUCGCAAAGAAGAAGCCAACAUAUUCUAGGUCUGUCUAAUGCGCUGGCAAGUGUGACAGCGCUCGCUUGACCUUGCAUUCACCUGCGGCGACAGGACUGUUUUGCCUUGUGAUGAGAAAAUAACUUUGGAGCAUAAAUGUUUUUUUACAUCCUAUUUUUCUCAUUUUAUUUAUUUUUUUGAUGACCUUGCCUUGUGGUAACAGCAGGUUGACUUUUUAUAGCGGAUCUUUAGUGACAGGUAUGGACAUAUGAAGAGUUUACUGCCAAAAUAUGAUAUUUAUGGCAAAAAAUUUAAGGUUUAUCAUUCAAGAGACACUUUGACAUCAAUGAACAGUUAUCCUGUAAAUAGGCACCAUAAUCUUCUUUUGUUGCUAAUAAUUAUUUCUUACAAAUAGUCACUUUUUCUAAAUGAUGGAUUUUAUUUUGGAAGCAAACUCUUCGUAUGCAGAUAGAUAAUCCUUUGGUUGGAGCCUUUAGGCAGCAUGUUGCCUUUGGUUAAAGUGAAACCAUGUGCUAACCAUGUUAGUGACGGUUUUAGAGUGAUGUGUUUGCUUAUGCUGUGGGUGGUAUUUAAUGUGUGGAUUUCAUGGCUCUUUGCAGGGGACGGUUGAAAAGAAAAGGGCAUUGAAAUAAGAAAAUAUCACCUAUAUUUUCAAAGCAUCACUAAAGAUUUUUAGAUAUGCUCUAUUGCUUCUUUGGAUUUCUUUUUUUUUUUUUUCUUUAGAUAAUAUGAAUUUAUAUUUAAAAGCUUUAUGUUCUGUAUAUUUCUUGGAAAAGAUUACAUGAUUGUAUGUUUAUUGUAAAUACAUUAAAUAUACUAUUUUUGUUUUUAAA